UACCGCUUCCAGUGUAGAAGAGGCUGAUUUCGUGUUCGUGGCCUCAGUUCGGACCAGGAAUAGCUAGACCAGUCGAUCAGUCCGAGUCCGAAGCAACAAGCGAGAUACCGCGCCGCCGCCGCUAAAGCUUCACAGCGUCUCGUGUUUCGCUCGUCCUGCGCUGCGAUUUGAAAUUCGCGCUAUUUCUGUCGCGCAAACGACUUCCGACUUCCGGCCGAUCCGUCGCCGUCUGCUCUUCUGCUGCUGCAGUCGGCACUUUGUGUUUUUAUUUUGGUUGCGUCGCCGUCGGUACUUUGGAAAAUUACAGGUGAGGAUUUGACACAAAAUGAAGCUUCCAGCCUAUGAAACAGGCAUUCCAGCCCUUGACGGAAAGAUAAAAGAAUAUGUGGAAUGGGAAAAGAGGGAAGAUUAUAAAAACCAAACAUUACAACUGAUACAAGAUAAAGAGAUUGAAAAGCUACAGCAUCUCUUUAUGGAACGACUCACUUUUGGUACUGCUGGUCUGAGGUCUGUUAUGGGACCUGGGUUCAACUGUAUGAAUGAAGUGACUAUUAUCCAGACUGCACAGGGCCUGGUCCGCUACAUGCAGACCUGCUUCCCUGACCUUGCGGACAAAGGCAUUAUUAUUGGUUACGAUGGAAGAUACAACAGCAAAACGUUUGCUGAUCUCACAGCCACCAUUUUUUUGCAUCAAGGAGUCAAAGUUUAUCUAUUCUCUGAUCUUUGUCCAACUCCUUUUGUGGCGUUUGGGGUGAGACUUUUUAAGUGUGCAGCAGGCAUCAUGGUAACUGCAUCCCACAAUCCCAAGGAUGAUAAUGGCUACAAAGUCUAUUGGAGCAAUGGAGCUCAGAUCAUAUCACCACACGACAAGCGCAUUCAGGAAUCUAUCCUCGCUAACCAGGUUCCAUGGGUUGACUCAAGGGACAGUUCUGUAUUGAAUGCUGACAAUCCAAAAUUUAUUGACCCUCUUAGUCAAGUCAUGAAAGAGUAUUAUCAACAGUUGCAGAAGGCCUUACUUUCUGCAGAUGUGAAUGCCAAGACUUCUGUCAAAUUUACCUACACUGCUAUGCAUGGUGUGGGAUAUAAGUACAUGAAAGAGGCAUUCAACAUUGCAGGCUUCAAGCCUUUCAUUGCAGUAGAAGAGCAAAAAGAUCCGGACCCUGAAUUUUCUACAGUCAAAUUUCCAAACCCCGAGGAGGGUAAAAGUUCUCUGCAACUUUCAAUAAAAACGGCCAAUGCCAAUGGAAGCACCAUCAUAUUAGCUAAUGACCCUGAUGCUGAUCGCCUUGCAGUGGCAGAAAAAGUUGGUGAUGAAUGGAAGACUUUCACUGGAAAUGAACUGGGAGCCUUGAUAGGAUGGUGGCUUCUGCGUUCUUACCGAGAAAAGAAUCCAAAUAAACCAUUGUCUGACGUGUACAUGUUAAGUAGUACAGUCUCCUCAAAGGUACUUAAGACUAUGGCAGAGACAGAAGGAUUCAAUUUUGAGGAAACCCUGACUGGCUUCAAGUGGAUGGGUAAUCGGACCUGUGAGCUCAUGUCCAAAGGGAAGGAGGUACUGUUUGCAUUUGAGGAAGCUAUUGGUUUCAUGUGUGGGACUUCUGUUGUGGACAAAGAUGGUGUCUCUGCUGGAGUUCACAUCGCAGAAUUGGCUGCAUACUUGAAGGAGGAGGGUAAAACGUUGAAUGAUCAGCUCAAUGAAGUAUACAACCAGUAUGGUUUCCAUCUUUGUAAAAAUUCAUACUAUAUUUGCCACAAGCCUGAAGUGACCAAGAAAAUCUUCGAAAGACUUCGCAAUACUGCAAACGCUCCCAAAACGUAUCCAACUGGGCUCUUGGAGGGAAAGUAUAAAGUCAAAUCUGUUGUGGAUCUGACAGUUGGAUUUGAUUCUUCAAGACCUGAUGGGCAACCUUUGUUGCCAACGUCUGCUUCCAGUCAAAUGAUAACCUUUUCCUUUGAGAAUGGUCUUGUUGUAACUUUGAGAACAAGUGGUACGGAACCAAAGAUUAAGUAUUACUCUGAACUUGUGGCUGAUCGAUCUUUAAAGGAUUCUGCUGCUGUAAGUGCCAUUUUAGAAGAAAUGAUAUCAGCUGUCAUAGAUGAGUACCUUCAACCAGAGUUAAAUGGAAUUAUUCCCAAGAGUGAUUAAAUCACUUACGCUUGUACUCACUCAUUUAAUGCAAGUGUGAGUCGGGUGUGAAAAAGACAUCCACUUUUGAAACAUAUUUACUCAGAGUGUGAUUCUGAAUUAUUUUCACUGUUGUUUCAAAUUUUAAAAGGUGCAUGAAGGAAUUAUUAAGCACGGCUUUAUAAACUUAGCAACACCCUUAUCUUAGGCAUUGUGUUCUUAAAACGUACAAAAUUUUUCAGCAAACAACCAUGUUAUGCUUAAAAAUUGGCAACUAGUUUAUUUUGAACUGUAACCACCCAGUGAAUAUGUGAUUAUUCAAACUUUUUUUAUCUUUAUUUUAUCUUCUAUUUUUUUUUUUUCUUGUGAAGCUACAUUGGGUUCUGUAUGCUCUGUGAUUAUUUGUGUUUAGAAGUGACGUAAUAGACUAAUUUUUAAUUUUGUAAUCCUGACCAGUAUUUAUAUACCGCACCAUCCUUUGUACUAUAUAUAAUGUAUAUCAAUAUAGUACUAUAACCAACUGUACAUACUUCAUGUAUUCCUACUAGCCUACAUAGGUAGUUAGAUUUUUUUAAUUCCAUUGAUUUUUUUUGUUUGUGAUUGGUACUGACUAGUCAUGCCUUUUUGAAUCCUAUUUUUCAUUCCGUACUAUUCAGCAAGUUCCUACCUGCUAUCAUUUGACAUGUUUUGAGUUUUAAUUGUUGUGAUUCUUUUUAUGUGAUGUGUAUUUAUUGUUUGUACUGAGGAAACAUUUUGAUUGCCUUGGAUUAGUAGGUAGUGGACUUUCAAGAAAGACAAUACAUUAAAAUCAAUAGUGGUCUUGUAUAUUUAUUGGCUGCGUCCGUUCUGAAUUUUUAAAAGGCCAUGGUGUGGUCAGGUAAUAAAGCUUCUAAUACUGGUAGUACAUCAUAUUUUGGUCUGGUCCUCUGAUAAAUAAAAUGAAAGUCUAUUUUUAA